AUGCACACACAUGGAGGAGGAGAUGGCGGCACCACCGUCUUGCCUGAACUUUGCAGCAGCGUCAUGCGGGCAGAGUUCCAUUUGCCUCACUUGGCGAUGGCAUCCAGCGACGCUGUCGAGCUCCUCGAGGCGCGAGCGAUGCUACUCGACAUGCACCGAACGUGCAGCGAACUCAAACACAAAGUGCGAAGCUUGGAAGGCGCCAAGUUGUUGUGGGAGAUCACUCGGAUGAGCAUGGAGUUUCAAGCGAUCAAAGAUUUGGAUGAAACCCAUCGGUUACGAAGUGCAUUGGAAGAUGAACUCAUCCUGGUCAAGUACCGCGCACGGCAUUUCGAACAAGAACACAACAAGCUCCUGCAAGACAACAGCGACAAGGACCGGCGGUUAGCAGCGCUCGAGGCCAAGCUAAGCCUACUCGGCGACACUUCCCUUGUCGAGAAGCGCAUCGAAGAUCUGGAAACCCAAGUCAAAGAGCUGGACAAAGUCAACAAGGAACAUGCCGUGCGCGAAAGAGAGCUCAUGGACCUGCUCGAUCGCCAGGACAUGCGGGGCACGAAGCGGCAGUUUACCAAACGUUCGAGUAGUCGAAGCUUGCUGGUACGGGAGAUCAAGCAAGAGCUGUGGAGCAAAGUCAAGAACCCCGUGGGCUGGCUUCUAGGGGGUAAGGCGGCCGCGUCGUCUGUCCGCGACAUCACGUGCACGUUUCCCGACCUGGAAUUGCUGGAUCUACUCAAGCGCGAAGUGCCCAAGCUGAAUCUACAUCCACAGUACAACCGCCACUCGAUCUCUUAA